AAUAUUUCUAUUUGCUUUUCAUGAUGUGCCUUUCCUUUGUAAGAAAAGUGUGCUUGUGCAAGAUAGUCUUGUUUUAAAGCGGGGUCCUUAGGGAUAUGCGUGUGUUUUAUCUAGCAUCGUUCCAUGUUUGCUUUUAUUUUAUUGCUUCAAACAAAUAUUUGUCUACAGAAUUCUGCUUCCUGUACUGAUGCUGUAAGAAAAGAAAAGAGCAUUGUAUAAUUGCUAACAGAAAGACAGGACAAUUUAAAAAGGAACAUGGGAAGAACUUAUUUAAGAAAAUAAAUCAGAGAUCCAUCUUUUAAAACUCUCAAUAUUACGGGAUUCUGCCUUUUCUGUGUUUCAGUGUGACACUAAUCAGUUUACACGGCUAGAAGCUUAAAUGAGCUAUUUCAUUUUCAAUCCAUUUAGUACAGUAUACUGAGUGUCUUUGGAGUAUAAUAAUAAAGAGCAUAGGAGGAAGUGGGUGCAGUAUUGCAGGGUUCUGGACAAUUUACUGUUAGGAUGAUGCCCAGAAUCAUACUAUCCUUGAGUGAUUUCAAGAGUUGAUUCAGUGAAAGUUUACCUGGAAUCUAUUUUGUGUUGAAUAAUGGGUGCAAUCCUGCCAAAACUAACCACAUUUCAUGGGUUUCAAGGGAAGAGUUAAUCGUAGGCUUAACUUCCUCACAUUGAAAUUGAUGGGGCCAAAUAGAACUUAACUUUGUCUCAUAGCUGCACAAUGUAUUUAAUGUUGAACCUAUUCAUUGGAUUAGAUUAUUAUUUUUUCUUAUUUUUUUCCUUGAUAACUUUUUAUACUUUGUGGAUUGUAUGUUUCACAUCUAAAAGCUAUGUUGCUAGAAGUAUCAAAAGCUCAGUUUCAGACAGAAAGGCAAAUUGAAGGUUUAUAUAGAAAGUUGUCUAUGUACAAAACAUGUGUUAAUCAAUAUACUGUCAUAUGAAAUGUACUUUCCAAGCUGCAGCAUUUAUAUCUGAACUAUUUCUAUUUUGUAGGGUUUUUUAAAACAAUUUUCAAAUAGUUACUUAUUCAAUUAAUGUAUUUAUUCAUAUAUUGCACUGUAAUACAGUGUUAAUAGUUCAUUCUCAGUGUUCGACAUAAAAUUUGUAAGCCAGUUUGUGCCUUUCCCCCAAGCAUGUCACAUGCCAUGUAUUAUUUGCAAAAUAAUGUAAACAUAUUGUCAUAACAAAGAAUGAGAUACCCAAUCAGAAGUACUAGAGCUUCUCAGCUGCUUAAACUGUUAAUCUUACCAUGAACUGAAGGUGGGGAAAUCUAGAGGAAUUUGUUUAUGUGUGUCUUUGGUUGGGAACUUUGUGAUAAAAUAUUAUUCAAUGCCAGUCAGUGUGAUUAUUCUACAUCGGCACCUCUGUUACUUUUCUGUGAAAUUAUAAUUAAUACAAAAAAUAUAUAGUAUAAUCUUGAGACAGUCUGCCAAUGGAAAAGAACUAUUGAGGUUAAAUACCACUGUAGGAGUAAUGGCUAUAAAUUGCCCAUCACAAAACAUUUAUUCUGGAAAUCAAAAGAAAAUGCAUUGUUUCUCAGAAAUUCAAGGCAAAAAUAUAGGGAAUGAAGGAAGUCACUAAAGAAAGUCAGAGUUGAACAUAUUUCUGGAUACUAUCUUGUGAUUUCUGUUCAUGCAUCUCAGUUGUGAUCAGCAAAUGGACCUCUGCAACAUGACCUUUUUUCAUCUUUUCCCUUCGGGAAUAGAAAGUGCUAAAGCCUGAGACAAGGCAGAAGGUUGCAUAAUAAUCCACCUCUCAUGGAAAGCUUAAUCAUGGAAGUCAUGGAAAGCUUAAUCAAUAUAUUUGAUUCACACUGGUUGUUAAAUCUUAGGGCCAGGAAGUGAUUUCUCCAAAGCUUGAUUGAAUGGCACCUUGGAUUAUUUACGUGUGUUGGGGGGUUGAAUUCCCUUGAUGCAUUUGAUCAGAUUUGCCCGUUUGUUUGAUACUUUGGUUGCUCUGUGGGAAUCUUCCUGCAGUGCAUCUGUUUCCUGCUUAAUCUAUAGAAUACCCUGGAUUAUCUCGACUGAUCCCUUGGACUGGAGGUUAACCUGAUUGUUUCUUCACUCUUUCCAAACCUCCUUCUAUCUCUACUUGCUUUUAAAUGAAUUGUAGAACUUUAAUACAUAGAUAGAUAAAUGGCAAUAGUAGUAAAGGUAAAGGUUUUCACUUGAUAUUAAGUCCAGUUGUGUCCGACUCUGGGGGAUGGUGCUCAUCUCCAUUUCUAAGCCGAAGUGCCGGCGUUGUCUGUAGACACCUCCAAGGUCAUAUGGCCAGCAUGACUGUAUGGAGUGCCAUUACUUUCCCGCAAGAGUGGUACCUAUUGAUCUACUCACAUUUGCAUGUUUUCGAACUGCUAGGUUGGCAGAAGCUGAGGCUAACAGUGGGAGCUCACCUCAUUCCCCGGAUUCGAAGCUUGCACCCUUUCGGUCUGCAAGUUCAGCAGCUCAGAGCUUUAACAGACUGCGCCACUGGGGGCUCCACAACGGCAAUAGUAUUCAGCAAUAAUUGGUUAUUUCAAAAUAUAAAUAAUUUUAUACUAGAAAUUUGGACAGAUCUGUAAUGGUGGUUUCUUUUGGUGGCAUGCCCUUACAACUGGUGGUUUUUAUUUUGCAAGCACAUGAGAUCUAAAACAGUUUUUGAGAAAGCUACCUGAAAAACAAGACAGAUGUACACUGUGAAUUCUAAAAAGUAAAAUUAUGUGCUUGUUUAAUCAGAAGUGAAUCUUGCUAUUUUUGAUGGGAACUGCUCCUUAGAUGACUCUAAGCACCUCUUCACCUUUCGGGCCAUGCUGUUGUGCUGGUGAAAGGGAAGGCGCAUGGGGUGGCUCAUGGCACCCGCACACCUUUCCUCCUCCCCUCAUCACAUGGAAGGGAUGGGAGAGGGUGCUUUGGCAUCAUCCCCCCCCCCCCAUCAGAUAGCAAAAAGGGUGGAAACAGGCAGCAAUGUGCAUUGCCCCACCACCCUUUCUGCCAUUACACGGCAAAUAGGGGAAGGAAUUGCAGUUACCUCAGUUGGAGCUACCCCAACUAGGUUUUCCUCCCCGUAGUGGAGGAGAAAGCACCUUUCGGCACUUUUCCUCUUCGGGAGAAAUGUGGACAGGCCUUGCUGUGCAUUGUGUGAUGGCGCACAGUAGGCUCUGUUCUUGCUGCGAUUAAAAGCGGCAAAAUGGGCAAAAAAUGCCCCAUGUGAAGAGGUCCUUUGUGAGGUGGUUUACCACUCUAGUCUAUGUCUCUGCAAUUUGAACAACAUAAAGAUCCAGUGUGCAGUGGCUAAUUAUAUUCAUCACAGAUUAACUAAGGUUGGUGAAAAUGAUGAACUUGCAAUAUGAAUGGAUAUGGUUUCCCAUCAACAAAUGAGCUUCUGGGCUAUUUUCUCAAGAUCACCAAGCACUCAGCUAGAACUCUGUUUUAAAUUCUGUGGCCUUUUUAUUUUAAAUUUUGAUUAAGUUUACUUAAAUAACUUAAAUGUGAAAUGGAAUUGAAGAAUAAGCAUAUAUGAAUAAGCAAUCAGACUCUAUUUAAAUUUGCUUCAGUCUACCUUUUCUAAUUCACAUUAGUUUGCCUAACUGCAUAUGCAAACAAUAUUGUUUUUUUCCUCAGAACACAGAACAUAAUAGGUAGUUCGCAUGUAAUAUUUGUGCUGCAGUAACCAUACAACUUUCUUAUAUUUUGUUGUAACAUUGAUUGCAUGAAAAGGCGGGUGAUACUAAUUAUUGUCGUUGUUGUUCUCUUUCUUUGGGUUUCUUUUACACAAAGGUUGGAAUAGUUAGUUGUUGUGUGCCUUUAAGUCAUUUCUGACAUAUGGUGACCCUAAGAUGAAAUAAUGGAAUUUUCUUGGCAGAAGAUUACGAGAACAUUCACUUUAGCCUUCCUCUGAGGCUGAGAGUGUGUGACUUGUUUUUAGUAAUUAAGGUUUCCACAGAAGAGUAGGAUUUCAAACCCUGUUUUCCAGUGUCCUAAUCCAGUGCUAAAACCAUUAUAACAUGUUUGGAAUAAGUCAUAUGGACUUCCCUAUGAAUCAUACCUAGCCUGUAGGGAGAGAAAUAUUAAAUGGAGGGAGGGUAUGCAACUGGCCCAUCCUGUGUAGUUUCUGCUUUCAGACACUUUUCAUAACAGUGAUAGAAGUCACUAAAACAGUGGUUCCCAACCUUUGGUUCUCCAGGUGUUUUGGAUUUCAGCUCCCACAAUUCCAAACAGCUGGUAAGCUGGCUGGGAUUUCUGGGAGUUGAACUCCAAAAGAACUGGAGGACCAAAGGUUGGGAACCACUGCACUAAAGGGAAAAGACUCCAUAGGUGGCCCAUUUCCUGCCUCUUCCCACCGAUGCCACCACAAACAGAAGCACUGCCUGCCCAUCCCACAGUGUGGAGCCCUCUCAAUCAGCCCCCUGCUUUUCCACCCCCACACCAAGGGGUCGCAGAUCAUCAUGGACACCACACAGAAAGCGGUCAAGCGCCAGGCUUCCUUCUGCAAUGCCAUCACCUUUAGCAACAGGCCAAUUGUCAUCUAUGAGCAAGUCAGACUCAAGAUCACAAAGAAGCAGUGCUGUUGGAGUGGAGCGCUUCGACUUGGAUUUACCUCCAAGGAUCCCUCUAGGAUUAACCCAGAAACCCUACCCAAGUAUGCCUGUCCAGACCUGGUUUCUCAGAGCGGAUUCUGGGCCAAGGCUCUCCCGGAAGAAUUUGCAAAUGAAGGAAACAUCAUAGCCUUCUGGGUGGACAAAAAGGGGCGCGUGUUUUAUCGGGUGAAUGACUCUGCUGCCAUGUUGUUCUUCAGUGGAGUAAGGACCACCGAACCACUGUGGGCCUUGAUCGACGUGUACGGACUCACGCGUGGAGUGCAGUUACUCGAUAGUGAACUUAUCCCUCCUGAUUGUCUCCGUCCAAGAUCCUUCACAGCUAUCCGCCGGCCUUCAUUGCGCAGAGAGACUGAAGACACCCGUCUGUCUGUGAGCCUUUGUGACCUCAACCUCCAGGAGGAGAACUUCCAUGUCAUGGCUGCCAUGUGUCCUAUCCCACAGAACUCCCUCAACUCUCAACAUUCCCACCUCCUCCCAUCCCAGCUUGAAAGUGACCUCCGCUUUCAUCAGCUCAGGGGAGCCCAUAUUAAAAUUCUGGACGACCAGACAGUGGCCCGUUUGGAUCACGCCCGCGAAGAGAGAACUUUGGUCUUCACCAGCAGGCCCCUUAGAAUCAACGAGACAAUAUUUGUCAAAAUCAACAAAUCCAACACCUCACGUACUGGGACGCUCUCUUAUGGAGUGACCACUUGUGAUCCUAGCACCUUGAGGCCCAGUGAUCUUCCAUAUAAUCCUGAGUCUUUGGUUGAUCGAAAAGAGUUCUGGGCUGUUUGUAGGGUGCUGGUACCUCUCCAGAGUGGGGACAUUUUGGGAUUCAUGGUGAAUUCAGAAGGUGAACUGCAUUUGAGCCACAACGGAGCAAACACUGGCAUGCAAGUGUGUGUGGACUGUUCCCAACCACUGUGGAUGUUCUUUGGUUUACAUGGAGCAGUGAUGCAAAUACGUGUCCUUGGUUCCACUCUUAUGGCUGAGCGAUUGGGUCCAUCUGCACCAAGCUCACCAACUUCAUCUCCAAACUCACCCUCCGUCCUCUGCAGUGGUGUUUCUGAUCCUGUCCUAAGCACAUGUGGUUCUGGCCCACUUGGAAGCUCACUCAGUGGCACGGCUCCAAACUCGCCAGUCAGCAUGCCAGAAUCCCCUCUUUCCCCUUCCAUCUCAGGGUCCUGGAAUGAUGAAUGCACCAUCUGCUAUGAGAACAUGGUGGACACCGUGAUUUAUUCCUGUGGACAUAUGUGUCUGUGCUACACGUGCGGGCUCAAACUCAAGAAGAUGGCCAACGCCUGUUGUCCUAUCUGCAGACGUGCCAUCAAGGACAUCAUCAAGACCUACCGCAGCACUUAGGACAGGUUGACACAAAGGGUAGGGAUUGGGGAGAUGGUAUAGAUGAGAAUGAACUUGACCAGGCUAAACGGGAAGGGGUUGUCUUCAUUGCCAGUUUUCCCCGCCCUUACACUUGUAGCUAAUUUGGAACGUGGCUACCUAUGGGUAAAGCCCAGAAAUCUGAGGGCUAAAGAUUUCUUCCUGGCAAAGAGUUACUGCCAAAAACAUACAUAAGCAGCCAGAAAGGAUUGGCUGCAGUGCUCCUCUUCCUGGGUUUCCUUUUCCUGUAAUGUCUCUGCCCUUUUGUCCCAUUGAGAUGCUGCAAAGGUCAAAAGAGGAAGGGAUUCCCUUUUGUCAUAAAUGUGCGAAUGAAUUUAAAAAUUGGGAACCACCUAGAGCAGAGGAGGAACAAGUCAUUUAAGGACUGGAACCAUCUCGGGGAAGUAUGAAGUCCAAUAUGGAAUAUUUUACCCAUAUUUCCAGUCAGCUGGAUUGGAAAGAACUGUUAGCAACCGCUGUCAUACAUCGGUGGCAACUGGAUCCACUCCAUUACCCCUCUCCAAUGCUAUGUGGUAUGUGCUGCUGCUUCUAAGGAAGGGUGUGUUAUUUUCCUGUUAUAGGUCACAUACAGGACUGCCCACUUUUAAUUCAACAUCUUCAAAUGUUACUUUCCACAAAUACUUCCUUCUUGUGCUCUAGUACAUCCUCAGCAGAUGUCCCUCUUUUUUAUCAUACAACAUCAUCUCCUUCAUCGAUGUUUCUCGAGCCCUCGGCCCCUUCUUUUUUUAAGUGUUGCUCCAGAAAACCGCUUUCAAUGGCCACAGAGGUGCCUUCACACCUGCUUUCAGAAAAUGAUGGAGCACAUUAUCAAAGCCAUAAGAAGGAAGGCUCUCCAUCUGGUUAUUGGACAUGUAUCCUAGCUUUAGAGGAAAAGAAUAUCACCAGUAAUUUAAGAAUCCUUGGUCAAACUGAAUGUACAACACAGAGUUGAGUCUAUUUUGGUAUCAAGAAAGAGAUCAGAAUCAGAAGGAAUUUAUCUCACUUUUCAAAAUUGUUUAAUGAAGGUUUAUUUUAGAAGAAUCACUCUUCUCCCCAACAUGUGAAGGACAAUGCUUUUGGCUUCUCUUGCUCUCACCACUGUGAAUAUGCUUGGUGCAACUAAAUUUUUGGCAUUUCCCCCAGUGUCUUGCUACAGCUGAUUAUGCUAUUCAUGGACAAGCACAAGGCCUCAUUUGUCAAUGGCCCUUUGUUUUUGCUGAUCCAUAUGACAAACCCUAAAGCAACUUUGGCCAUAUCAUCCCUUAGAGCCAAAUGGACUAAUGGCUUUUGAUAUCAAACAUGGCACCAGAGUUGGAAGAAACCCCAAGUCCCAGUUCUCAAUCUUAGCUCUCAAGUGUGGAUACCAUAGUGUUAAGUAAUUAAUAGAUGGAGUAAGAGCAAGAAUCUAAGAGGAAAGUGGGUUCCUGAUGGUCAGACUUAUUUUUCCCUUCACCAAAAGUGUUAACAUUCAAAUGGGGAGUGGAUUUUCUUCUCACCAAAGACAUGUCCUGCUAAUAUUGUGGCACUGUGGUUUCAGAGUUAAAGCCUACUCAUGCCAGCCUGAGAAGGUGGAAAUCCUGUGUAUGUAGUUGCCCACUGAUAGGGGAAAGGGAACCUGGAGAAAGGUAUUUCUAAGUGCCCCAAGUCCACCCAAAGUACACACAACCUGCCAUGAAGGAAAAGCAAGAUCUUUCUUUUACAGUACAUCCAUUCAAGUGAAAAUCUUGUAUUGGCCCCUCUGUCCAAACCAUGUGAAUUGUUUCAGCCUGUGCUGGACAUUUCUGGCUUAUUGUUUACAGGGAUCAGCAUUGUGCCUGCGACUGCAUUGCAGGUUUUACAUCUCUUACUCUUUAAAGUGUCAUUCCAUACAAUGAAUGCUCUCAGCCUCAUAUUACUAAUGCAAUCACAGAGUUCAAGAAACCAAACCACCUUCGAUCCACAGUUGCCUGUGGACAUUAAGGCAGAUGUAGGCAAAAGCAGACCCAUCAGAUGUUGCUGGACUGUGACUCCCACCAGCCCAAGCCAGAAAAGUCAGUGCUGGGAAUUGUAGUCCAACAAUAUCAGGAGACAAGACUUUGCCCAACUUCUCAUUAAUACAGUUGAUCUCUCUUGUCAUCUGUGGUGAUAGAAGAACAACCAACUGCUCCAUAAAAACUGCUUUUCUUUGGCAGAGGUAAUCCAAAACACCAGACCAAGAGUCAUAGUAUUCAGCACUUUGUUAUGAAAUAGAAAAUCCCCCAGUCUCCACCUACGGCAAUAACAAAUUAAACACCUAAUAGUUUCAUGAUCAGUGAGGUAGCUAGAUCUGAAAUUAAUAGUCUUGUAGUGUUAUCCUUUUCUUACUUUAUUAGAGCGCACAUCUAAUUGUUGUAUUUCCUCCCACCUUUUGCCAGUGCUACUUCAUAAAACCUAGUUGUGCACCUUGGCAAUGAAAAGUUCAGAGCCUGUGUAUUUUGCACUUGAAGCUCAAAUGGAUCCUAGGUGCAGCUGUAGGUUAAUGGCUGCCUACAGUGGCUACCUCACUCUAUCGAAUGGUUCACUUUUUUUUUAAUGUCAGGAGUGAUUUGAGAAACUGCAAGUCGCUUCUGGUGUGAGAGAAUUGGCCGUCUGCAAGGACAUUGCCGAGGGGACAUCCAGAUGUUUUGCAUCCUUGUUGGAGGCUUCUCUCAUGUCCCUGCAUGGAGCUGGAGCUGAUAGAGGGAGCUUAUCCGUGCUCUCACCUGGUUGGAUUCAAACCGACAACCUUCAAGUCAGCAACCCAACUUUUAAGUCAGCAGUUCUGCCAGCAUAAGAGUUUAACCCACUGUGUCAUUGAAGGUUCAGUUGAUUUUGCUGUUUGGGUCUCUGCCUUCUUACUAGUAUGCAUUAAGAUAAUAGAACCCGGAUCUACCCGAAGUGAAGCCUAGAUAGGUUUUAAAAAUAUAGACAGAAAAAAAUGUGUUCAUCACAUUUAUCCCUUGAGGAUCACAGGCUGACAUACGCAUCUUGUUGAACAAGUUGAGGCUGAGAUCCUACAUCAGGAGAACAAAACAUAACACCCCAUCCAUGCAGUUCCAUGUUGUUCCUUGCCCCAGCAUCUGUGCUGCUCCUUGCUGGUAGAGAAGCAGGAGAUAGUUUAAAUAACAAAGAAUUGACUAGUCUCAGCAUGGAAGGGGAAGACAUGCUCACAGAUGGCAUCCACUUUCUUUUUCUUUUUGGAGCACACACCAGUAGCAUCUUCAUAAUCUGAAUUUUCGUCCUCAUCUUUCCCACAGCCAGGAGUAGUAGCAGUCACUACUAUUGCUGCUGCUGCCCCUACCAGGACUUGAUAGCUGCACAAAGUAGAGGUUUUGGAUAAUAUGCACAGUUAAAGAAUAGGUCUUUGUACCUUGUUCAACAAAAUGCAUAUGUCACUGACAGGAUGCUGACCCUAGAUGACAUUUAGCCAUCUGUUGAAAAAAUGAGAGAAUUGUGUCUUUAGGCUGCAAUUCCAUGCCCACUAAUAUGGUAGUGAAUCCCAUCCAGAGCAGUGGGAUUUAUUUCUGAGCAAACAUGGCUCAGACUUGCACCUUUAGAUCUAUAAAUGGGGGAUAUAAAGUAAAUGAAGUAUAUUUCUUUCCCCUACAAAGCUAUUAUCUCCAUGUAAAUGGUUGAGGCAGUCUGUGGGUAUUGGUGUUUCACAUGAGCCAAUGGGCAACAACGUAUCUAGCCAUACUUACAAGCCAACUGUUUCAAGUUGACUAACAUUUUGGGGACAGAAGAUGUUGCCAUUUAUUUGUAAUAUUUUGGUGAUAGCAUAUUAAUAGGAGGAAAGGGGGAAAUGUUGCAGUUUUUUAAAAUAUCCAGUCAUCAGAAGUAGGGUUGGAGGUUAAAGUACUGUAGGGACAAGAGCAUAUCCUGGUCUUCCUAGAUGUUGCCAGCCAGUAUCUUCAUUUCUGUAGAAUGUAUUUUAAAUAUGGGAAUGUGCUUGUGGGAGUUUCCUCCCAGAGCUUCAGCAUCUAAAACUUUAUGCUAGAGAUGUUAGCAAUCUGAGCCUGUCUUAGAAGGAUGACUAGUUAUAAUGUUUAUAAUUGCUGCUGCUGUUGUGCAUGGGGGAAGGGAGGGGAAUGGCUCCAGAAGAGACACUUUCUGCAUUUCUUAGUAUUCCUUUUGGCAUCACUUCUGCAGGGGGCAUGCUCCCCUUGUUUUACAUGCAAUUGUGAUUUAAGUAACAUUGCAGUCAUAUCUUUUUUUUUAAAAGCGUAGGGUUGUGUAAGAAGGACAUUUUAAGUUUUCUGUUCAUUUUCAUGUUCUAAUCUGUUUUGUUUCCCAUUUGUUUGAAUUGUCUUCAUUCAUUUUUUCACUUGACCCAAGAUUUCUUCUCUUUUCUGUAACAUGGUGUUUUUCAGCUGAAUAGUAUGAUGUUUGAGGCUUUCUCCUAAUUCCAAGGGCAUCAGAGCUACCAAACAUCUGGGAGAAAAGACAAAGACCUUUUUGGGGAAAGGUGUACAGGCACAGACUGUCUGAUAUUUCAAAUGGAUGCAGCUUCCUGUUCUAUUAGUUUGAUCCCUCCCUCCUUUUGAUCCUUCUGUGAAAUGGGCAUAGAGUUCUGGCCUAUUUUUGUCAAUAUAAAACAGGCCCUCCAGCACAAAGCUUUUAAAAAUGUACGAUCUCGUGACUUGAGCUCAUUUUCAUAGAAUUGGAAGAGACUACAAGAGCCAUCUAGUUCAACCCACUGCCAUGCUGGCACUCACAAUCAACACACUCCUGACAGAUGGCCAUCCAGCCUCUGCUUAAAAGCCUCCAGAGAAGCAGAUUCCACUACUCUCUGAGGCAGCAUGGGCUACUGUUGAACAGCUCUUCCUAAUGUUUAGAUGGAAUCGCUUUUCCUGCCAUUUGAAUCCAUUGAUCUGUGUCUUCGUCUGUAGAGCAGUGGUUCUCAACCUGUGGGUCCCCAGGUGUUUUGGCCUACAACUCCCAGAAAUCCCAGCCAGUUUACUAGCUCAAUGCCAAAACAUCUGGGGACCCACAGGUUGAGAACCACUGCUGUAGAGCAGCAGAAAACAUGUCUGGCACCUCUCUGCUGGAUCGGGAUCACUGGCUGAAAUGUUACAGAAUGUUUCUUAUAGUGUGCAGUAUGUAAAAAUCUUAUAUAGGUUAGAAUAUCUUCUUUUUAAACCUACCCAUUUUUGCUGCUGCUGCUGUUGUCAUAAUCCAUCAUCAUCAUCAUCAUCAUCAUCAUCAUCAUCAUCAUCAUCAUCAUGUAUCAGCGACUUAGUUAACUAAGUAUACUUCAGUAUGUUUAAUCAUACUUAAGUAUAUUUAGCUGAGUCUACAAAAUACACUAAAAUUAAGGUAAGGAGGGGAGUUAUAGUCAUGGGCAGCAGUGUCAAAAUCAUGACUAAGUACUGGUUGUAGAUACAGUACAAUAACCUAGAUCUACUCACCCCUAACUGCUCUGUAUUCCUGAGUACAGUAGAGUCUCACUUAUCCAAGCUAAACGGGCCGGCAGAAGCUUGGAUAAGCGAAUAUCUUGGACAAUAAGGAGGGAUUAAGGAAAAGCCUAUUAAACAUCAAAUUAGGUUAUGAUUUUACAAGUUAAGCACCAAAACAUAAUGUUUUACAACAAAUUUGACAGAAAAAGUAGUUCAAUACGCAUUAAUGUCAUGUUGUAAUUACUGUAUUUAUGAAUUUAGCUCCAAAAUAUCACGAUAUAUUGAAAACAUUGACUACAAAAAUGGCUUGGAUUAUCCAGAGGCUUGGAUAAGUGAGGCUUGGAUUAGUGAGACUCUACUGUACUACUAAAACAGAAUUAUGACAUUGUUGCCAGGAUUGUAACUCCCAUCCCAGUUUACCAGGCAUCAGCUGCAUGGGGAGAAGGAGACUGGUUCUUUCACUGAUCAGAUCACAGGAAAUGAUAUUCCCAUCAGUUUGGGGGAGAGGUUACUUAGUUAACUAAGUACUGGUAGCUGAUACAGAUUUCUGGCUAUUAUUAUUGUGGUUAUUAUCUGAAAUCAUGCAUCAGCUGUAACUUCUGGCUGACCCACCCUGAACCAUAAUAGAAACAUCAUUCAUAUGUUCCAGUUGCCAUCAGAACGGGCCUCUUUCUCCACAUGCAGCUGAUGCCUGGUGAGAUAUGUUUGCUAGGUAGUUAUGAUCAUGGCAACAGUGUCACGAUCAUGGCUUAAUGACAACCAUGAGUAUGAAACAUGACUAAAUCACAAAUGUUACUUAGUUAUUAUUAAGAUACUGUUGCCAUGAUUUUAAUUCCUUACCUACUUAACUAAGUAGCUGAUACGUCCUAUUGAUGAAUAUUACAACCACUACUAAACUGAAAGCUACUGUGUGGGGGAAAUGAAUUGAGAUUAUUCUUUCCAAUCCACUCCACUGGAGUUCUAUUCAUAAAAUGCAUAUUUGGCAUUUAUAUAAGUCCUGUGCUCACUUUCUAGCCCUUCCUCGUCACCAGUAAAAUCUUUGACUAACUGGCUGAACUUGACCAAGACUUGUUGGGGUUUUUUUUUUGGCCUGGAAUCAUAUCAUUGGAAGAGACCACAAGGACCAUCCAGUCUAACCUCCUGCUAAGCAGUAACACACAGUCAAAGCAUCCCCAACAGAUGGCCUUCCAGCCUCUGCUUCAAAAUCUUCAGAGGAGAUCCCACUACAUUCUGAGGGAGCAUAGUCCACUGCCAAAGAGCUCUUACCAUCAGGAAGUAUUUCCUACUGUUUAGGUAAAAUCUCUUUGCCUGUACUUUGAAUCUAUGAAGCCGAAUAUGUGCCCAGUUAUGAUAAGACAAAGCAUCUAAAUUAUUUGUAACCAUAGAUCAAAAUCCUACAUUGUGUAAGAACUCACCUUUGAGUGUCACAAUUUUGUUAUGAUAGGCCCUCCAUGUUUCUUAUGGAAAGGGAUGGCUAAGGACAUUUUUUUGGCCACGAUCUGCUGGGCUCCUUUUGCAGUUUUUUUGUUGAGUUUUGGAAAUGCUGCUGCUUAUUAGCAUUUCAACAAAAGAUGAAAGGGUGUGUGUGUGUGUUUUAUAUUUUAUAUAUAUAUAUAUAUAUAUAUAUAUAUAUAUAUAUAUAUAUAUAUAGUGGUUUGAAUCCAGGGAUGGGAGUGAGCUCCUGCUGUUAGCCCCAGCUUCCAUCAACCUAGCAGCUUGAAAACAUGCAAAUGUGAAUAGAUCAAUAGGUACUGCUCUGGUGGGAAGGUAACGGCGCUCCAUGUGGUCAUGCCAGCCACAUGACCUUGGAGAUGUCUACGGACAACGCCAGCUCCUCUGCUUAGAAAUGGAGAUGAGCACCAACUCCCAGAGUCGGACAUGACUUAAUGUCGAGGAAAACCUUUAACUUAUGGAUAGUUGAUACAACAGGUAAUAGGAAUGAGCCUACGAAGAAGAGGUGGAAUAGCUUCCUGUUUACUGUAAGCUGCUUGGGUCCCAUUUGGUAGAGAAGCAGAAUAUAAAUCAAAUAAAGAAGAGGAAUGAAGCAUUAAUCUAUUAAACUUUUUUUUAAUGGAAGGUUCAAAAGCAAAAGGAGACAAUGUAUACCUAUCAGAAAGAUUUGAGAACAGACAUCACAGUUGCCUGAAUGGUGGUUUAAUUUUGCCCAAAUAGGAGAAUAAGGAAAUUUUAAGGUUCUGAUCCUCAAAUUCUUACACAAAAACUCCAUUAAAUAACAGGAAUAGGCUGUUGUUAAGUUUUCAUUUGUCCAGAGCUGUUUGCAGACACACUUGUCUUCAUCUGAUAAAGGUAAACUAAAGAAGCACUACAUUUUCCCUUGUCCCUAUAAUCCUCUGGUACCUGCAGGGACAUUUUCUCUCUCCCCCCCCCCCCCCCAACACACACACACAACUUAGCCUUGGGAUAGGGCUACACUUAAUGAGGACCAAAGAUGGCAACGGCUAAUAGAAGCCAAAAAGAUUGUUUAGAAAAGGAGCAUUUCGGUUGGAGCUGCAAGAGAAUGGGAGCUUGGUUUCAUUUCUCUGUGUUCGCGUGUAGGGUCCAGAGUAAUUCAUGUGAUUCGAUGUCAUUGAAAUAAGAAUUUUAUCUUUUAAUUGCUUUAUUUUAAGAAAAAGGUUUUGUUGUUCCAUUUAUAAUAUAUCUAUCUAUCUAUAAAAGACUAUUCCAUCCAGUGUGACAAUUGGAUAACUGUGAUUGUGAAUAAAGUUGAUUUAGGUAUCCCA